AUGAAUGUGAGUGGUGUGAGUGUGAGUGAUGUGAAUGUGAGUGAAGUUAGUGAAGUGAGUGUGAGUGAUGUGAGUGUGAGUGAUGUGAGUGAUAUGAAUGUGAGUGAUGUGAAUGUGAGUGAUGUGAAUGUAAGUGAUGUGAAUGUGAGUGAUGUGAGUGUGAGUGAUGUGAAUGUGAGUGAUGUGAAUGUGAGUGAUGUGAAUGUGAGUGAUGUGAGUGUGAGUGAUGUGAAUGUGAGUGAUGUGAAUGUGAGUGAUGUGAAUGUGAGUGAUGUGAAUGUGAGUGAUGUGAAUGUGAGUGAUGUGAAUGUGAGUGAUGUGAAUGUGAGUGUGAGUGAUGUGAGUGUGAGUGAUGUGAAUGUGAGUGAUGUGAGUGUGAGUGAUGUGAGUGUGAGUGAUGUGAGUAGAAAAUCUUAA